AUGGACCAAGACGAUAAUGGUCCUGAGUACGGUACUAGCGGGUAUCAUCACAAUCAAAGAUGGCGGAUUCUCAGGGCCUACUGGUCCGUUCAAGGCCAUCUAAUUUUCUGGCGCACAAGGGUUUCGAGAGCCAAGAGCAAGUGGUUCCCUGAGAUAUCCCACCAUGCGCGUGGCGUUCCGAUUAUUCUCGUUCUACCGAGUCGGUCACAUCAAUGA